GUGCGCUCGAUUGCAUUAGUACAAUUUUAAUCGCGAGUGUCGAACGUGUUUUCCGGACUAAAGUAAAACAAAUUACCAAAAUGAACAAGCUGCUGAUUUUGGCCCUUUGCCUGGGCGUGGUCUGUGCAGAUUUCCAGGGAAGUAGAUCUAAACGCGAAGAUUUUCACUCUCGCCACUACAGCGCCCACCAGCAGGCGAUUGAUCAGGCCCGCAAGAACGCCGGCUAUGGAGGUAGCAUUGGAGGCAGCUUCGGUGGUGGCUACGGAGGAGUCGCUGGCCAGGUCGAUGGCUCCGCCAACCUGGGCAAGCUGGAGAGCUCCUACGACUCUGUGGGUGCGACCGAGUCCGCCGAAGGUGCCAGUUCAGGAGGUCAAGCGGUUGAGAGCCUGGGUGGUGUUACCGGAACCCUUGGCGGUGGUGUAGGUUUGGGAAGUGGUUCUUCCUUCGACAGCUCUUUUGGCUCUGGCUUUGGAGCCCAGAACGCUGGAUCUUUCGGCGCCCAGAACGCUGCCUCCUUUGGUGCCCAGAACGCCGCCUCCUUUGGUGCCCAGAAUGCCGCCUCUUUCGGCAGCUCCUUCUCCAGCAACGCCGCCUUCCAGACCAGCUCCGCCGCCAACUUCGGCAGCACCGCCGCCCACCAGGUGGGCAGCAACGUUGAGUUCGCUGACAACGCCAAUGCCGGCAACAAGGUGGACUUCGGUGGCGUCAACACCGUUCAGACCUCACCCGUUGCCGAGUACUACAGCCACGAGAAGGUUGUGUCCACACCCCAGCAGGUGACCUACACCAUUCCCGGCGGCUCCCAGCGCUUUGUGCAUCACGAGGAGCGCAUUGUCGAGCAGCCCACCCAGACGCAUGUGGUGCAGUCUCCGGUCCAGACCGCCCACUACUACCAGAGGAAGGUCACCACCACCUCCAGCGCUCCCCAGUUGGUGCAGCCAGCCGCCAGCAGCCGUUUGACCUAUGGAUCCAAUGCCGCCUCCACCUUUGGCAGCAAUGCAGCCUCCACCUUCGGCAGCAAUGCCGCCUUCAACACCCAGUUCGGCAGCUCUUUCGGCCAGAACUCGGCUCUUAACUCUGGCAUCUCCUCGGGCUUCCAGUCGGGUCAACUGGGCCAGCUGCUUAGCCAGACCCACCAGACUGCCCGCCAGCAGGCCGCCUCCCAGGGAUCCUCGGCCAACGUGGUGCAGGCUGGAACCGGCUACAAUGGAGCAGCACAGACUGGCUUCAACUCCGGCUACAACAGCGCCUUCAACUCCGGCUCGCAGUUCGGCUUCAACUCCGCCAGCUCCCUGAACUCCGCCAGUUCCCUGAACUCCGCCAGUGCCCUGAACUCCGGAAGCAGUGGCUCUCUGCUCAGUGGUUCCCUCUUGGGCGGCAGCCAAGGAUCUCUGUUGAGCGGACAGGUCGGCGGACAGCAGUCCCUGCUCAGUGGCUCCCUGUUGAACGGACAGCAGAACUUUGGACUCGGACUCAACGCAGCGCAGACUAGCGGCAACUUUGGAGCCGGAUUCGGAGCGGGAGCCGGUAACUCCGGCAGUGGCUUCCAGACCAAGGAGUGGGAGAAGCAGUCCAAGUGGUCUUCCCAGAACUCGUACGAUUCCAAUGGUCAUGUGAACAACUACAAGGAUCUGGCCACCGGCGAGAGGGAGAACGUUAACAUCAACGGCAAGCAGUACGGCUACCAUGCGGCCACCGCCUCCGUCGACGACAACGGCAAGUUCGGCACCCACAGUGUUCACUCGUAAGGUGCGACGACAGCGAGCAGCAUCCAAAACUAGAAACCUUUCGUGUUCUUAGGGAGUCGGCUAUUCAACUCCGAGUGUUUUAUGUAAAAUAGUAUGAAAGUAAAAUUAAUUGUGAUUAAAAGCAAUGAUGUCAAGUUAAAAACUAAAA